AUGCUUGCUUCGAGAUUCUCAGCUGUGCUAACAGCAGUCCGCGUCACGGCAUUGUGCCGCCCAACUGCGCCAAGAAGCGUCCCUACCUUUUCGCGGUCCCAUCCAUCGAUUCAGCCCUCCAAGUCAGUCGCUCAUCGACCGGCUUUUUUUCAGCAGUCUUUUCAUCCUUCUCUAGUCGCCGCAACUUUGCAAGCUAGAUCUGAUGCUAGCUCAAGCCAGAACGGGCGCAGCUCCCUGCUUGUCGCAGCUGCGCUAGUCGGCUUCAUUUUGGCUCACACAUUGUCCUCUGGUGACUCGUUGAAGCUGGACGAUUCAGCGCCGACCUCCGCUGCCGCAUCAAACUUGACCUCGCUAGCUGCAGACCCAUCAAAGCAGACUGUCAUAGACACCGACACCAACCUGAGCUUCCCACUCUACCUUCCCACACCGGCAUCGUGCAAGUCUUCCGGUCAGAGCGAGCCACGUUUCCGCCUCGUCGGGUUGGGUGUUCGCACCGUCUCCUUCCUCCGUGUCCGAGUCUACGUCGCUGCCCUCUAUCUUGACGAGAAGAAGCUCCAAGCUGGCUUACCUCAGUUCUCUAGCUCAGAUGCACAGGGAAAUAGCCUCGAACAGCACGUCCAGGAGAUGCUCGAUAAUGGAACCUCGGCAGUGAUACGCAUUGUCCCAGUCCGCAACACCGACUUCAACCACCUCCGCGAUGGCUUCAUCCGUGCGCUACAGAACCGUCUCAAGAAGGCGAUCAAGCAGGCCCGCAUUCAGUCUGACUCUCCUUUGGAGUCUCAGUUCCAGGAGGCCAUUCAGCAGAUCAAGGACUCUUUCCCAAGAGGUUCUGUUCCCAAAGGCUCGCCUCUUGAUCUUGUGAUCUUGCCAACGAGUGGAAGCAUCAAACCAGUCCGUACAUCACUCAACUUCGAGUACAAUAGUCAGAUCUUCGGUCAGGUUCAGAAAAGCGGUACACCAGCAGAUGCUAAGUCGGACAAAAGCGUCGAUGCAGGUUUCACCGUGGCAAGAGAGUUGGCACUAGCCUACUUUGCGGACAAGGACGAGAUCAGUACACCAUUUAAGAAGUCUGUUCAGGAUGGGCUGUAUCAGAAAUUGCCAGCAGCGGCUUGA